GGCGUUAAUUGUGACGUUAGUUUAGCUCUUCAACCGAGGGGCUUAGCGGUAACAUCCUCCCCCGCAUGUCGCACUUGUUUACAGAAGCGCGUUAUCCUCUGUGAAGCCACCAUACUCCUGUUCUACUUCCAAUAUAGCCAGUUUAGUGACAGCUCUUCUGAGGACCCCCUUGGUGUAGAAACAACUGCUUGGCGCACUAUUCCGUCUUUUCCCGGAUACGUUCGCACAACCCGGCCUCUCAUCCAUUGAUUGCUGAUUCGUUCAUCGACAAAAAAAAACACCAAAAACACCGAAGGUGCCGGUGUAGUACUAGAUUUGUAGUAAUGAGCUGAAUUUUUGUAUGGUGAGAAGGUCAAUUCUCCGUUUCUGCAAAUAAAUGGUGCAAAAAGCGUGGGUAUUAUGAUUCCUUGCCUAAUUUGAUGCUGUUUGAGCAAAACUUUGGAUAACUUUGUUGUUUAUGUUGCAAGAAAUGGAGAAAACAACAUCACUGUUGACGGUCUGAACUCUUCAUUUGUAGCGUCCACUUGUUCCUCCAUCCAGUCACCAUCUCGCUCGUACAGAAUGGUAGGUCCCCUAUACCAGCGGCUUUCAGGGUUAGUCGAAUAGCCUUUACCCCAUUUUGUCUUGUGCCGAUCCACCUCCAUUCUGAAACUGAGGAUGAACUCAGAAUUUUGUUGAUCCUAAAUGCCACAAAUUUCCGGCAGCGCCGUGCAUUAGAUUUUAUCCUCGCAACCACAAUUGUAGAGUCGCUCCAGAGAUAGGUGUGUGUAACCUUCACUGAAUGAUGCUCUUCUAUAGCCUUCCUCAGCCGGGUUCCUAUCAGAGCGGCCAUCAGACUCUGAAAGUUCCGACAGGGAUUUUUCGUGGAGUUCAUAAAAGAAUUCUUAAAGAACACUUCUCCAGGGGCGCUACCUGAAGUUUUUGAAGGAUUUCUUGUUGAGUUGAUAGAGAGAUUUCUUCAGGAACUCCCUCUAUGAUUUAUUCUCAAAUUCCUUCAAGGAUUUCUCCAGGAACACCUUCAUGGAUAUCGGCAGGGGUUCCUUCAGGUACUUCUUUUAGAAUUCAUCUAAGAAUUCCUUGAGGAAUUUUUCAUGGAAUUCUUUCUGAAGUUCUUUGAGGUACUUCACCUUGAAGAUUUUUGAAGAUUUUUUUUUUGAUUUCUUAAGGGACUCCUUAUGAUACUCCUUCAGAUAUUUCUUCAGGAGUUUAUUGAAAGACUCGUCAAAAAGUGCUUGAGAGAUUUCCUCAGGACGACUUUCAGGUAUUUCUCCUUGAAAUUCUUCUUAGAUUUUUUUUUCUGGAAUUCUUUGAGACUUCUUCUGAAGUUGAUGGAAGAACUCCUUCAAGGAUUACUCCAGGAAAUCCUUCAGGGUUUUUUUAGAAAUUCUUUUUGAGAUGCUUGUGGAGUUCCUCCUGGAGUUCGUUCAGGGGUUUCUUCCGAAAUUGUUGGACAAGUUUCUUUAGCUAUUUGUUAUUACCAGAAACUCAAUUCGUAGAUAAUGGUCUGGUUUAGGAACACUGCGAUGAUUCGUUUCUUCAUUUUUAAAUCACCAGAACACUUAGUCCAUUUGUCUGUGACUAAAGGUAGGUUUUUCAUGGUUUAUUACGGUAUCUAGUACACUUGUAUUCUUGAACUAUCUGGUAUCAACAAAACAUGUUUUGGAUAAGAUUCACUGGUAUUACGACUGAUUGGUGUAACGAUUCUAACAACGAUAUUUGUAAUGUCUUAUGUAACUAUUCUUCUAUUACUGAUUUCUAGUAUGGAUUUUCGCUUGGACUUUUAUAUGGUUCUUAUAAAAUGCGGAAGCUUAUUACAAAGAGGUUUAUGUCCACCUUUAGUAGAACACAAUAUAUCUAUUCUAUUUCCUGAUAGUUGUAAUAGUGACCAAAGGGAGAAAAACUUACUUCAUAUACGUAUAGAAAAGCACUUAUUCAAAGCAAACUCAUUGCGGUAAUGGUAACAAAAGAAAUACAGUUGGUUGGAGUGUUCACUAUUUAUUAACAGAUUCCUCCUGGAACCCCUUCAAAGAUUUCUCUUGCAAUUCCUUCGAAGAUUUUUUUCAGGAACUGCUUCACGAAAAUCCAGGUAUUUCGUCAGGGAUUCCUCCAGAAAUUUGUUGAGAGAUUUCUCCAGGAAUACCUUCAGGGAUUCCUAUACUGCAAUCAGGAUGCAAUAUGUUCACAGUCAUUGACUGAAAACAGUACGAAUUUGAAUGAUUCUGCACUGAAUAUUCAAAACAAACAAAUUCAUUUUCGCUGUUUCUCUUCACACAGUCAGUCAAUUCGUAGUCAUUGAAUAUGAAGCCGAUCGAGAAACAUCUUCAUAAUUAUUUACGUUUAUGGCUACGAUUCCCGCCAAAAACACUCCACAACAAUCAAAUGGAAUAAGAUCUGUGUAAGCACUAGGUGUAUAAUAAAGCUUGAUUAACCCUAAAAGGGAUACCUUCAUGGCCUCAGUUUCGUAACCUCGCUGAGUGUGUUCCAUCAAAGACGAGCUCUGAAAGGCGCCCUCUUAGGUUCAAGUUAGGAUCGAAGCUAGGAUCGAAGUCAAUCAGCCUCUUACCACAGACAAACAGACGUAACUCUUAAAGGAAAUUCAUCAAAAACUUUUGCCCGGUGUCUUUUUUAUGAGCACACUGCCACCGCGCGAGACACUGUCGGCCAUGAUGAAUUUCGAUUUGACGUUUUCUAACACGCACACUACUACACAAAUCGCCUGUAAUUUUCGUUUGCAUCAUUCAGCAACGUGUACACUGGCAAACGUCAAAGCUAUCGAACACUAGCGCCUCUGGUGGAAGAAUCGCGCAAAUCUAAUGAAAUUUGAAUUGAUCGUUAAAUGCAUGUGCCAAGCCGUUUUGAAGAGUGUUACGUCUGUUUGUCUGUGCUCUUACCUUACCAACAUACAGCAAAACGAUAUUUGUGUGGAUGCUUUACAAUUCUCCACAAACAUUUCGUUCUCCGUUGGCGAAUGCUGUGUUACGUUUUCUAUUUUGGUUGUUUGAAUUUAUGUUAUAAAGGUAAAAGUGUAUGAAAAAAAGUGUGUUAAAUGUUAUACUUGUACAUAUAUAUUCCUCAUCGUCAUUUGAGCAUUUGUAGUGCUCCAGAAGAAAUUCCUCAAAGAAUGCCAGGAAAACCCCUCAAGGUAUUAAUGCAGCAACCCUUCAAACAUCCAAAGGAAUCCUUGAACAAGCUUCAAGAGAAACCCCUGACGGAUUUUCACGAGAGAUUCCUGCACGCAGAAAAAAAGAUUGUAUACUCAACAAAAUGUUGGGUCAAACUCGACAAACUUGAUUGUCAUCUGAAGGCUAACAAACAUUUUUGUUGAAUUCAACCCAAAAUGUUUGUCGACUCGACAAACAUGAUGGUAAACAUCUCCUUUGAAGAAGUUUGUCAUGUCAACAAUCUGCUUGUUAUAUUAACAAUCAUUUUUGUUAAAUCAACAAACUGGUUUGUUAAUGUGACAGCUGGGAACGUUUUUGUUUUUUUUUUCAAUUUUCUUGAGAAAAAUUACUAAUUUAUGUUUCAUAUGUUUAUUUUUUUGUUCUAGGAUGCUUAAAUAGUACACAAAUGAAUUCACGAUGGAAACUUUAUCCAUAUUCACCCUGGUCACCUUCGGUGCCGCAUUCCUAUGGGAUCCCGCACGGUGGGGACAAGCUUAUUAGCUGGAAGUGAAAAAAGUGCACAAUUUAUUUUGUUUUCUUAUCUAGUAGAGUAGAUUUUGGCUUUAACAAUACUUACAUGUUAUACCGAUAUAUUUCGAUGAAAAUGUAGGCGGCUGCAAACGAAGACCGUGCUGAAAGCAACCAGAUUUGAAGAAGUCCCAUCUGAACGAGGCAGUUGAUGCGUUUUGGAUGUGAAAAUUUCUUCCCUGAGCGCAGUGUAUAAAAAUGCAAAAAUGAUUAAUUCAUUAAAGAAGUUUCCAGCUGCUCUUAGCGAAUCGCCGAGAAAGCGUUCACGCACUAAGAAGACGGCUGCGCUUAAAUUGUGAUCUAAAAAUGUUGAAAAGUUUGCACAAACUGAUCGCACCAGACCAGUAGUGUUGCUGGCAACACUGCUCCGCAACCGAAUGUCACUGUCGCUUAAAUCAAACGGUAUGAAAUGAGAUGAUAUGACAAAUGGAAGAGAUAAGAGAGAUGUCAUACUGUCAUACAAGUAUACGAUGAUGCAACGUAAUCGUCACGUGAAAUUAGUGCAUUAACUAUUAAUUCUAAUUAGAAUGUUUAAACUACAAAUGUGCUAAAUUGAAUUUAAACUACUUGAAUCUAAGUGUAAUUAUCACAGUUGAAAUCACAGAUCGUAAGUAAUUCUAAAAUGAAUAGUGCUAGUUUACAGUUCCUAAUCUAACCUAAAAUCACAGGAGAUGAAUUAAAACGACACGAACAAGGAGGUAACCGGAAAAUACUAUCCGAAACCGAUUUUUGUAAGUUAUAUGUAAACUUUGUAAACCCUAAUCUAACAUGAAAUAAAUAUUUCAGCUUACAGCUGAUUCACACCAAUCCUGAGUUGUGGGCUGCUUAUAGAUGUCGGCAAUGACCCCUUGUUCCCGUAACAAAACUGUAAGAAAAAUCGAUCCGAUGAGUGCUGAUUGGGAAGACGAUUUCUCGGCAUCGCUACAUUCAGCAAGAGCAGGAGACUGCGGCACCUAUUCGCGCCCUGCCUCGUACGAUCGUACUCAGAUGACUCGCAGUUGUACACCAGCGAGUAAAACAACAACCAAUCGCUACCGCUUCGAUCUUGUAUCCCUUCGGUUGCAACAACUGAAGGCAGAGCGCGCGAUACAGCUGCGCGAACUCGAAGCGGAAAGGCGAGCGAUACAACAGGAAAGAAGUGCUAUACAAGCAAAAUAUAGAUUGCUAGAGAAGCAACUAACCCUACAACGAAAUGUGAGCAAAUCCAGCUCCCGCAGCACCGCGAUGUCCGCAAUGGGAUCAGAGAAACAACAAGCAUCAUCCAAUGGCAGAGAACACACACCGGUGGCAUACAAUGAGGGAAAAGUAAUUCCCUAUGGACCAGUGGGACACAUCUCGCUGAAACAGGUAGAAUCGGAGGUGCAGCCUAUCAAACAAUCAACACGAUCGAGGCUGCUGGCUACACGGGUGGACUCUUUACCUGAUCGGCCGCAAUCAAACGGGGUUCAGCAGCGAUACAACCGCGUGUUUCCCAAAGUAGUCAACGAUGAAAACAACAAUUUGCCAUCUAUUCUUGCAACACCAUCUAGGUCGAACCAUACCACGAAUUCAACAGCUCCAGGUACUUUCAUGCAGUUUGAAGUUAAACUGUACCAAUACCAAAAGGUACUGGACCAGUCUUGCCAGCCGUCUUGCGUUACCGAGCAGUGCAAGCCGGGAUCGAAUAUCAGCGGCUACAUUCGAAGCUUGUCUAAUAGAGAAAAGAACUCCAUUGGGAAGCUCUCGCUCGUCAUCAACGGAGCAUGCUUCAGUAAGGAGUGUCCUAUACACCAUAAACAACCACGGCGUUCAAUUUUCCGAAUAGAAUGGGGUGACCAAGCAUUGCUGCUGUGGAUGAAUCCCGUUAAAAUUAAACUGCAGCCAGAUACAGGCCAGGGUGCCAGGAUGUUCGCCCAGCUGGCUUCAGUGACCUACAAUUUGAUCUCAUCCCAUUGGAAUAAGAGACGAAACGUUCCUACGCUGAUGAUCUCCGGUUUAGACGAUGACGUACAACAACACACGAUCAUUUAUGCGGCGACGGCCAAGCUUCUAUUUAGGUUUUGGAAGUUUACCAUCACGAUAACUCUGCCCGGCUGGUUCCACUACAGCGACAAUUUCUCUAGAGAUGAGUGCGUGGAAUGUUCUCGGUCGUUAUCCAACGGCUGGACUAAUCACCUUGGUGUCAAGCACCAGUCUCUCAAAGCCGAAACAGACUUUCGUGGAUCGCUCGUGCUCCGUCGUAUGCCACGAAAUCUCUCCGUGAACAAGCGAACGAACAUUAAGAGCAGCUUUACAAUUGUGCAAAUAGCUUGUAAGGAACUGGUCUGCGAUUGUAUGGGUUCCAUCAAGCAUGUUGGCGGAAUGGCACUUGGAUACGCGAACGUUCCCCGUGAAAUGCUGCAGAAGAAAGAGGUCCCGCUGAAGCAAUGCCAGGGUAACAGUUACACAAUUCACGACGAUCGCUAUCAUCGACAGCAGCUAGCCGAUCCGAAUAGGUUCUUGCAAAGGUCUGCUUCGCGGCCCGUACAACUCGUUGGCGGCAUGAGAAUAGGAGAGGCUCUCAUUCCCUACGGCACUGCAGUAAGAACCAAAGAAUCUCAUAAAUCAGCUGUCGCGGAGAGCGUAAUGGAGCUGGGAGACUUGGGCUACUUGCCCACCCGACUGAAGCACAACCAUGAUCACGAGCAUCUCUUAGGAUGGAAGGCACAUCAUCACAAGCAAUCGAUUUUUAUCGCCAGCGAGAUACUGACCGACGACGGGAAAAAGGCGAGAAAGGAGAAAUUAUACGGCCGGCAUGUUCAUGUGAAGAACCUGGUUGUACUCUACUCGUCUGCGAUAAACUACAUAAUCAGCAUUGAACGGAAAGACCAUACGGCUAACGAUUUUCAACUACUAAUAGAAAAUUUCAGUAUCAAUCUUCUACUAACAACUUUCAAUUCGGACGAAGAGUCUUUGCUAUCGACUGACUACGGUUUGAGUAUUCUACCGUUGCCUCGACCGGUCUUGGUAGUACCAUGGUGCGUCUCCGGCGUGCAUAAAAUACGCAUCGCAAUUGAAGGAACUAUUUUGCACCAGUGUGACAAACAUUCACUGGUCAAAGCAACAACGAUCAAUGGGUUAUACAGGUUCAAACAACGGCGUGAAGAACUAGAUGCUCAAAAUAUUAAGUUGUUCUGUUGGAAUCCAGGUAAUCCACAACGUUAUGACGAUAGCAAGUCUAGUGCCUUUGACCGUCUAGGUGAUAAGCAUCAACACAGUGUAGUGUGUAGGGUUGGUAAUCCUACUGAUCGUGAAGAAUGGUGUAGGAAUAACAAUUACUGGCUAAAAUUUGGCAAUCGAAGAGGUGACAACGGUCGAGAUAAUAGGCCGCUAACGAAUCCGAGUGGACAGUUCAAUUUCAAACAGUAAAAACGUUGGUUGACCGACCAAAAAAAAUAAUAAGGAUAGGAAAAACGGUGGAAAGCAUAACACGUAUGGCGAUAGGGGAAGUAUUGUGAAGAUAACGGUGAUUUAUUCGGAGGCACUGUUACGAAAACAACUAGAAGGCGUUCAUCGGGAUUUUUUUUUUAGUAAAACUGGAACCUGCGGUCAGCGUUACGGGGGGGAGUAUGUUGCUGGCAACACUGCUCCGCAACCGAAUGUCAUUGUCGCUUAAAUCAAACGGUAUGAAAUGAGAUGAUAUGACAAAUGGAAGAGAUAAGAGAGAUGUCAUACUGUCAUACAAGCAUACGAUGAUGCAACGUAAUCGUCACGUGAAAUUAGUGCAUUAACUAUUAAUUCUAAUUAGAAUGUUUAAACUACAAAUGUGCUAAAUUGAACUUAAACCACUUGAAUCUAAGUGUAAUUAUCACAGUUGAAAUCACAGAUCGUAAGUAAUUCUAAAAUGAAUAGUGCUAGUUUACAGUUCCUAAUCUAACCUAAAAUCACAGGAGAUGAAUUAAAACGACACGAACAAGGAGGUAACCGGAAAAUACUAUCCGAAACCGAUUUUUGUAAGUUAUAUGUAAACUUUGUAAACCCUAAUCUAACAUGAAAUAAAUAUUUCAGCUUACAGCUGAUUCACACCAAUCCUGAGUUGUGAGCUGCUUAUAGAUGUCGGCAAUGACCCCUUGUUCCCGUAACAAGUAGUGUGUUUAUGUUUAUGAAGUUAGUAUACACUCUACAUUUUUGCUACACGUCUGACAGAUAAUACCCAUAUUUAACAAACAUGUUUGUUGAUCUGAACAAUUUUAUUGGAGGUUCAACAAAAUUUGAUUGUUGUUGCAACAAAUGUGAUUGGUAGACUAACAAACGUGUUGGUUUGAAUCCAACAAACCAUUUUGUUGAUUCAACUUAACCAAAUUUCUGUGCGUGUGAAAAAGAUUCAAUAAAUUUCAAGGAGAAAUCCAUGGAGAACUUCCUGGAUUAAUCAUUGAACUCAUGUAGAAAUCCGUUAAGGAAUUGCUGGAGAAAUCCCUCAAGGUAUACAUUUUUUUUAUCUGUAUUAACGAGAUUUUUAGCCCUAGGCUAGUUCAUCUCGGGACCCACGCUUUGCUUCCCUUCCGAAGGAAGAACUCACAUUUGUGUGAGUUUGUCGGGAGUGGGAUUCGAUCCCAGGUCCUCGGCGUGAUAGUCAAGUGUUCUAACCAUCACACCAGGUCCGCUCCACGUCAAGGUAUACAGGGGAAAACACUCAAGGAACCUCAGGAGAAAUCCAUCAAAGAAUUGCAGUCAGGGCGCAAAAUUUUCGAGCAGACGAGCUUGCGGCAAUUGUCAUUCACUUGCCUGCAUAUUCAUAUUCAGCUGCUCGAUACUCGUUUAUCAACUGAAUGAAAGUCAAUGAAUAUUUGUAAGCAUCUUACAAACUGUUAAAUGGCUGAUAAAAUAUUAACGUUUCGAUUACAUUUAAUGGUGCUUUACCUAGUUCUACACACAUUGAAGAGAUCAAGUUAUCGUAAAGGACCUCGAGUAUUAUUUAAACAACUGUAACGGUACGAAACCUGCUUCGAAACGGUAAAGAAGCUCUAGCCAGCCACACCAAUACAAGGUGAAGAAUGAUCAAGAGACUCUGAUCACGCUUAAAUAACUAACCUAAAAUAACAAACAAGUACCUGAGCAAUCGCGUCUUCAAUGCCUGUGUUACGAUAAAGACAACACAGUGCGUUUUUUUUUCAGUUGGAUGCCAUGUUACGGAAAUAAUAUGGAACUCUACAAAUGCUCUAGUUUAUUUUUCGCUUAGACGCCCUGCUACGAGGCAAAACAGAACACUACAAAUGCACGAUAUAACAUCAUCAAGCAUAUUUUUCGCUUUAUUAUUCUUUUCUCUGUUUGUAUUAGUUGAUUACUUGUUUUUUGGUGAUUAUGCAUUAUUUUACAUGUGAUGUAAUCCUAAAAUUGUUUUCAUAUAAGUGCUGCAGUGAUUCCGAUAACGAACAAAAACAAAUUAAACCAGUUUCGCAUGUUCAUCUAAUUGCCACUGGCGGCAAUCGCACUAUAGAACUCGUUAUUUUCGCAUUGCUUGUAUCGCCAACAACAAAGCGGUCAGUCAUGAGUCACACAGAACAUCAAGAGCAGUAGUUGAUGCCGGGGCGUGAUAUGAAGGGAACUUACGUAUUUUCGGCAGUUUUGUUCUCUUCGUCGUGAGGGGUUUUCCGAAACCGAUUUAUCUCAAAACUGGCUCCAUAACUUUCCUCACCAAACAGACUGAUAUGGCCACGUUUAGUUUAAGGUAAUUUGGCCGACGAAAACCUCUCAUGACGAAGUGAACAAAGCUACCGAGGGUACCCCAGAACAGCUCGAAGUUUCACUACCAAUUGGUAGUCCUUAAGUCCAUUAACCUCUGGUUUAUGAUGCUAGGAAAUAGUGUGUAAAUCAGACUAAAUUGAUUACAUGAAAUUAUUAGCACAUACUUUUGUAUGUUUGGUCUGUCCUAUGCGUGAUGAAUCAUUGAAAAACCGGUUUGAUUCAAGUUGAUUUUGCUACGUAUGUCACGUGUCUGCUUUGACCCUUCAUUCAUUUUAAAUAUGUAUGUUUGCAAUCGUCACAGCUUUGAGUAUGAACCGGUUAAUCAAGCUCGAUCGCUUGAAAGCUUUGUUUGUAAACUAUACUAAUAGCUUCUGGGUAUAUGAUUCGACGCCGAUUAGGCAGUGGUCAACAAAACUGUUGUUUUGUUUUCAGUUUUCA